AUGGACGAAAUGGAAGGCUUUCUUUCUGCUCAACCUGAAAGGAUAUUCCCUUUACAUACUACUCAUACUCCCAACUUCUUGGGGUUAACCAUAAACCGAGGAUUGCAAUUUUGGAAGAAUGAUUCAAAUUAUGGCAAGGGUGUGAUAAUUGGCAUUGUGGACACUGGGGCUUUUCCUGAUCAUCCUUCGUUCAGCGACGAUGGUGUUCCUCCUCCACCGGCUAAAUGGAAAGGCAAAUGUGAGUUCAAGAAGACAGAGUGUAAUAACAAGCUAACUGGGGCAAGAGGUUUACGAAGUUCCAAUACAUCUGAGCCAUCAUAUGACAAGGAAGGCCAUGGAAGCCACACAGCAAGCACAGCCACUGGAAACUUUGUGAAAGGAGCCAAUGUGUCUGGAAAUGCUAAAGGCACAGCAGUUGGCAUUGCUCCUCAUGCUCAUUUGGCCAUUUACAAAGCUUGCGCCGAGAGACGUUGUAAGGAGACUGACAUUUUGGCUGCAAUUGAUGCUGCUGUUGAAGAUGGUGUGGAUGUUCUGUCCAUCUCCUUGGGCGAUUCCAGAGUCCAACAAACACCUUUCUAUAAAGAUACAAUCGGAUUGGAUGCGUUAACAGAAACCUCCAUUUCUACCGAGGGGUUCAUAUAUUUGUUCAACCAAUAG